AUGUCAGCGCGGCUUCCCCUGCAAAUCCCUGACCCCGUCUUCCUCGCCGAGCCUCAUCUACUGUCCGACCUGCCUCCUUUGCUUGUCCCGUUCGUCCCAAGACUGCACGUCCAUCCCGGCCUGCCGCCCCUGUUCGUCCCCGGGCCCCGCCUACAGCCCGGCCAUUCACCUCGAUGCCUCUUCAAUCUAUUAAUCCUCCCCGACCAACCUCUAGCCCGGGUCGUGGCCACGGUCGAAGAUCAGCCAACGUUCCUUACGCCAGCCCUGCCUUCAGAGAAGCUUCUCAGGCGGCUCGUCGGGCACAUUCUGGCCCCCGAUCGUAUACCAGACUUGGGCCCUUCCACUGUUCCUCCGCCUCCUGCUGCAACCACCACCUCUCCUUUGCCUCCUAUUGCAACCACUUCUCCCAUCCCGAGCCAGGCCGAUGCUCCUCCUGCUCCACCCGAGGCUCCGACCGAGCCUCUACUAGCUCAACCUUCCACCUCAUAA